UGUCAGAAUCAAUCUCUCAAAGACUCGGAUUGGUUUCUACUGCAAAAGCUUUGCUACAAUUAGAUACUACUGAAUUGAAGAAGAAGCUAGAUCAGAAAAUAGUCGACAAACCUGUUUUCCUAUUUCCUAAAGAGCUAAAGGUUAACCGAAAUAGGACUAAAGAAGAUUCCUAAAUCUCCCCCUUCAGGAGUAGCAAAUCCUACUGAAGAUCAGUACACAGGGCAGAAAAAGGGAAGAUUCAGACAUGGAAGUGGGGAAAUGGUGUAUAAAACAGGAAAAAUUUAUAAUGGAAACUGGGAAUAUGACUGCUAUCAAGGCAGGGGUAUUCUAAUAUACCCUAACGGUAUUAAAUAUCAAGGAGAAUUUAAUGAUGGAGAAAGACAUGGACCAGGCUCCAUUACCUAUCCUAAUAAAGCAAAGUUUGUAGGUACCUGGGUUCAUGACCUUCCAAAAUCAGGGACUUUGGUCACCCAUGAUAUGCUUAAGAUAAAAGGUGAAUUCACAGAUGCUGAUUUCACAGGAAAGGGGACUAUUGAGUUCCACAACGGAGAUUUUUAUAAAGGUUAUUUUAGAGGGAAUCUCCCUACCAAAACUGGCAAAAUGUAUUAUAAUAACAGGUCAACUUAUGAAGGUCAAUUUAAAAACGGGAAAAAGCAUGGUGAAGGAAUUAUCAAAUUCUCCAAUGGGGAUAUUUAUGAAGGAUACUUUAAACAUGAUCAAAGAGAUGGAUAUGGCCAAGCAGUAUUCCAUAGCGGGCACCUCCAAGAUGGUUUAUGGAGAAAAGGUGUUUUCAUCGAGAAUAAUGAUCAGAUUAAUAAAGGCAACUUAAACAAAAUCACUAAACUUGAAGAAUACAAAUCUCACACCUCAAAGCCUUCCGCUAUACAAGCCAAGAGGCGUCAUUUAAGCUACUUAGGAAGCCUUGACCGAUUAAACAUCUACAAAAACAAUUUUUUGCCCACUCAUAAACCCUCUCAGCUCUCUUCAAUCGGUCACUCGUUGCUCCAAAGCCCUAAGAAAUCCCCUCUGCCUCUCCUCCCAAGUAAGGAUCUCUAGUUGUCU